AUGCCAAGCACAGCGAUCAGUACUGCUACUGAUGCGUCCUCUAGCAUGUCCUCGGGCCUGGGAAUGCCCCCUAUGGCCGCGACCCACCUUCGAUAUCACACCCUUGACGUUUUCACGCGUCAAAGAUUUGCCGGCAACCCGCUUGCCGUCGUCCAAAUCCCCGGCGACGUCGCACUGAGCCAGGGGCAGAAGCUGCUCAUCGCCAGGGAAUUCAAUUUCUCGGAGACAGUCUUUCUCCACGAGCGCCAGGGCGGCGAAACCACAUGGAAGAUUGACAUCUUCAUCACGACGGCGGAGAUUCCCUUCGCGGGGCACCCUACCAUCGGGGCGGCGUGCCUUGUCCUCUCCCAGAUGCCUGGUUACGCCGACGCCGCGGGAAUGAUUCAGGGCAAAUUCCUCACCAAGGCCGGUGAAGUCCGACUCAAGUACUCCACGACUGAGGGAACUGCUACGGCGGACAUUCCCCACAAUGUCCACAUCCACCGUGGGACCCUGUCUCGGCCUCGUCUGCUCGAGAUGCAGCCGUCGAUAGCGAUGCUGUUCUCGCCGACGAUGCCCCGGGUGCCGGAGCAGAUGCCCGUGGUUUCGAUCGUCAAGGGAAUGACAUUCGCACUCAUCGAGGUCGACAGCCUGGCAACGCUGAGUGCGGCCGUGCCAGGAGCGUUCGCGGUCGACGUAGCGCUGGACAAAGACUGGGACCAGUCGUUUGUAGCGCUGUAUUUUUACUUUCGUUUGCCAGACUCGGCCGACAGCACCAGGAAUCUUCGAACAAGGAUGAUCGAAGGAGGGCUGGAGGACCCGGCGACAGGGUCCGCCGCUAGCGCGCUGGCCUGCUUCUUAUCGCUCGCAGAGGGCGUGACCGGGCAAAGGCUCAGGUACGGCAUCACGCAGGGGAUGGAGAUGGGACGGACGAGCGAGAUAGGCGUGCAGGUCGCGCUGGGCAAGACGGAGAGGGAGGUUGAAUCAGUGCAACUUAGCGGCGCCGUGGUCGAGGUCAUGGAAGGCAGGCUUGCGGUGUGA